AGUAAUUUCUGGUAUUUCAGUAACUGAGUCAGGAGAAAUAAUAGAAUAUGUUUAUACUGAGAGGUGAUGGGUGAAAAGGGAAGGUGUGAGGGAUACAGAUGGAGGAGAAAGUAAAGAUCUGGGUGACGAGGGAGGAGAAAGAGGGUCUCAGAGGGAGGAGGGGGAGCAGCCAGACAGGGUGAGGAGGAGGAGGAGCAGGAAGAAGAGGACGACGCUCAGGCAGACUAAUAGAGCAGCCUCCCGGUGGAUCACGGAGCUGCUGCAGCCGGAACCCCAAGCAGCGCAGCCGGAGCCAUGGCCGACGAAAGCACCCGAACCACGGCCUGCACCGGCUCCAGCCUCCUGCAGCCGGUCAGCGAGAUGACCAACCUGCCGCUGGAUCAGGUCAACUUCGUGGUGUGUCAGCUCUGCGCUCUGAUCUCAGCCUUCUGGUUUCGUCUCUUCCUCCAUCCCAGUAAAACCAGUCCUUUCAUUAGACAUGUGGUGGCGACUGUGCUGGGGCUCUACUUCGCCCUGUUCUGCUUCGGCUGGUAUGCGCUUCACUUCCUGCUUCAGAGCGGACUCACCUACGGCAUCAUGAUCCUGACCGGAGUCGAGCACAUGCACAAGUAUUGCCUCGUGGUGGCUCUCAGCUACCUGAGUCUGUGCCAGAUCACUCGAGUCUACGUCUUUGACUACGGCAUGUACUCUGCUGACUUCACAGGUCCCAUGAUGGUGAUAACUCAGAAGAUCACAAGCCUGGCCUUUGAGAUCCAUGAUGGAAUGGCUCGGAAGGAAGAACAUCUGACCGCAGGACAGAAGAUUUUAGCCAUAAGGAGAAUGCCGAGCCUUCUCGAGUAUUUCAGCUACAACUGUAACUUCAUGGGGAUUCUGGCUGGUCCAACCUGCUCUUACAACGACUACAUUGCCUUCAUCGAGGGGAAACCGUAUCGCCACCGAGAACAAGAGGCCGACAAAUCCAAGACCAGACUGGGUCAAGGCGAGCCAUCGCCAAACAUGGAGGUGGUUCGUAAAGUGGCCACCUCCUUCUUCUGCCUGCUGGUCUUCCUGUCGGUGUGUAAAGUAUUUCCAGUGGAACGAAACAUCGAGGACGACUUCAUUGCCAACACACCGUUCUAUGCCCAGGUGGUCUACCUGUACCUCUCCAUGCUAACCACACGACCCAAGUAUUACUUUGUCUGGACACUCGCUGAUGCCAUCAACAAUGCUGCCGGCUUUGGUUUUAAUGGCUAUGACAUUAACGGCGCCCCCUGCUGGGACCUGAUCUCCAACCUGAGGAUACUCAACAUUGAGCUUGCCACCAGUUUCAAAGUUUUUCUUGACAACUGGAACAUUCAGACGGUGCAAUGGCUCAAAAGGGUUUGUUACGAGCGAUGUCCCUACCACCCAACAGCAGCCACGUUCAUCCUGUCCGCCAUGUGGCACGGCGCCUAUCCAGGAUACUACCUAACCUUCCUGACCGGCAUCAUUGUCACGCUGGCAGCCAGAGCGGUGAGACACAAAGUUCGGCCCCACUUCCUGCAUUCUGCAGAAAGUGUCUGUAAAAGACAUAUUGUGAGUGGCAUUUUGAAAGACUUGAAAGAUUUUACAGCGACCCUAUAUUUCUGGAGAAACAAAAUAGAUACAGUUUGGUUGUUACGACAAACUAAAUAAUUAAGUGGUUUGUCAUGUUUUAAGAGGUAAAUUAAUAUAGAUCUAAGUGCAUUUUGUGUUUCUUGGGGGUUAAGUUUAUUCUGAUUUAUAGAUAUUUUUGCCAGUAAUACUAAAUGAGUGUUUCAUUGUGUGUAAAACAAUUUGUAAUUUUGCUGAAAUAAAUUUCAACAAUUUUAUUUCAAACGUUCAGUUUGCACACAUAGUUCUAAUAAUUAUCAAGGAGACCGUGCCACUCACAAUAUGGAGGACGCACUGAAGCCAACAUGGCGGUUACCCUUCUAUGUCUGUUGGUCAAAAAAUGCUGAAGAAAAGUUUAGAAAUUUUGAUUUUGUCUUGUUUUUUGUUUUCGUCGCAACCUGACUGAAUUAGAAUAACAUUAAAAAAGUUUUUUGUUGACAACAAUACAAUCAGAUUUUUGUAUAAACCAAGGAUUUUGCACUGUGGUGAGAUUCUAGGUUUUCUGGCACCAACAUAUGAUAGAAUAUGGUCUUUAAAUUUAAAACGGAAAAUAUUUUGUUCCAGUAUUGGUUCAGUUUUAAAUCUGAAUUACAGAAAAUAUAUAAUUUUUGACAGGGCUUUUAAAUCCAAGUGCAAAGAUGCUACAGUGAGGUGGGUUUUGCUAACUGCACACAUUUCCACCUGUAAAACAGAAUAUGUGAGAAAUAAAAUAGUAUUUGACCAUACAGUAAGUUUGAUGAGACAAAAGUGACAUAAAACAGUAUUAUACGAGUUGAUUUACAAUAAUUUCACACUAGAAGUAGCUAUAAGAAGCUUGUAGCUUUAAAUAAAUUAGGUUUUCCCACUUCCUGAAUGCCCAGUUUUUACAUUUGUUUAAGUUUAGGUGAGUGUUGGCUGUGAGUUAUGCUGUAGCCAUGAUUUUUAUGGGUUUCUCUCUGUUCCAUCAAUGUUUUCUUUGGGAGAUAAAAAAAAAAGCGCAGCUUAAGGAAAAUUUACCUAGCCUUCAUUGUUUUGUUCAAUUAAAAAAAAUCUGUAUUUAAUUGUUUGCUUUAAUGUUAGCUAGUGGUUUAAUUUAGCUAUAAUUACUCAUAUUUUGAGUUAUUUACCAAACGGAUCCAUGUGUAAAUUUAAUCACCAAUAUUUUUGUUGUUUAAUUUAUUUUAACACUGAGUGUAGCUGAAAAAUUGUGCUGGAAUAGCUACUUUGUGUUUACUUUUGAGCUUUAAGCUUGCUAAUUGUUAGCUAAUUGAACAUCAAGGGAGCUAGCUAAAACUGAGUUCCAAAUAAAAACCAAUUAAUAUUUGUCCUGCACAUCCUCACCUUAAAAUUCGAUAA